AUGCUGCCCAUGAUCCGGACACUCCCUCUCCCCACACGCCCUACUAGACUCCCUAGAUUUCCUUCCAAAUCCAAACUCGCAUCAUCUCGCCACCUGCUCUCCACCACCACCGCUUCUCGAUCCCGAGACUCGCAGUAUUACCGUACAGACUUUCAUAGCCAGAGCGCUGGCUUCACAGGCUCCUAUGAGACGGGAAGGCCUACAGAGGGUCCGCUAUCAAAAGCUUCGAGUCAUGGAUCUGGAACUCAACGUCUGACUCCCUCGUUGCUGAAGGAGCACCUGGAUAAAUAUAUCGUUGGGCAGGACAAGGCCAAGAAGGUCACUUCAGUGGCCAUCUUCAAUCAUUAUCAACGGAUUCGAGAGCUGCGGCGGCUUGAGGAGGAAGAAGAGGCAAAGGUCGACCAGCAGCAUCGAUGGGAAAUGAGAGAGAGGGAGCGGAACGCGCAUCCUGCUGAAAAUGAAUACCCAGGGCAUAUAGAAAGCGUAGACCUCAACAACCCCCAUCCUUACCGCUCCCACGCCCAAUUUCAAUUCCAAGCCCAAGCCCAACCACCACCCUCUCCCUCGCCAGAACUCGGCUCCCUCCCCCUCCCACAGGACUCCCCAACUACCAUCGAGAAGUCUAACCUCCUCCUGCUUGGUCCCUCUGGCGUGGGAAAGACCUACAUCCUGUCCACCCUCGCCCGCGUCCUCGAAGUCCCCUUUGCAACCGUCGACUGCUCCUCCCUAACACAAGCAGGCUACAUAGGAACUGACAUCGAGUCAUCCAUCGAACGCCUCCUCCUCGCCUCAUCUCACUCGAUCCAAAAAUGCGAGACGGGAAUCAUCUUUUUCGACGAAGUAGACAAACUCGCCAAACCAGCCAUCAUGACCCAUGGCCGCGACGUCUCCGGCGAAGGCGUGCAGCAAGGCUUAUUGAAAAUGAUAGAAGGGGCCACCGUCACCGUAAACGCAAAAUCAGACCGGAAUUCAAAGUCUGAAAAUGCAGGGCGGGGACUCGAUCGUGGAAGGGAAUCAGCUCAGCAAGCGGGGAAGAGCGAGCAAUACACCAUUGACACGACAAACAUCCUAUUCGUAUUCGCCGGCGCCUUCGUUGGACUAGAAAAGAUCAUAUCUUCUCGCUUAUCAACAGGACCAUCACUUGGCUUCGGAGCACAGCUUAAAUCCUCCCCUUCAUCAACAUCCCCAAAACUACUCUCAUCCUCACCUACACCAGAAAGAAGAGUAAAAAGAAAAGAGCCCAACAUCCUCGCCUCAGUCCUCCCUUCAGACCUCCAAACCUACGGCUUGAUCCCCGAACUUCUUGGCCGCAUCCCCAUCACCGUUCCGCUGUCGCCGCUCUCCCUCCACCAGCUAAUCACCAUCCUGACCGCCCCCCGAAACUCCCUCGUCAGGCAGUUCACGGCUCUAUUCAGCACCUACGGUAUCCAGCUGAAAUUCACCACGGGGGCUCUCCACGCCAUUGCCGAGCGCGCACUCCACCCUGCCUCUUCCGCUUCCGCUUCCUCACCUAACGGGAAAGGUGCUAGUAUCAGUGGGCAAGGCGGUAUCGGCGCCCGCGGCCUCCGCAGCAUCGUCGAGUCUCUAUUAUCGGAAAUCAUGUACCAUGGCCCCGGGAGCGCCAUCCGCUUCUGUCUCGUCGACGAAGCGUUCGUGCGGGGACAGCACCAGCACCAUUCUUCCGUAGAGGAAGAGGAAGAUGUUGAUGACGAGGGGGAGGGGCAUGCAAAGAUGCCGCGUUGUUGGAGCCGCGGCCAGAGCCGGGCUUUCGAGGAAGCGUGGGAGGAGGAGGAGGAGGCAUGGAAGAGGCGAGACGGAGAUGAAGAUGGAAACGAGGGCGAGGCUCGGGGUGCAAACGAGAAAGGGAAAGGGAAGGGGAAGGGGGAGGGAGAGAAGGAUGAGGGUGGGGGCUUUGAGAAUUUCAGGCGGCUGGGGAGUAGUGGCAUGUAG